AUGGAAUGUCCUCAUAUAGAGGAGAGUGUUAAGUUAACACCGGCAGAUCUGAAAAACUCAAAUUGUUCUCUUUGGACCUGUGAAGAAUGCGAAACUAAAGAGAGUCCCUGGAUAUGUUUGUCAUGUGGUAAUAUCAGUUGUGGCAGAUACGUUAAAGGACAUGCAAAGAAACACUACGAGGACCUGAAUCAGCACUGUUUAUGCUUGGAUCCAGCUUUUGCUGUUUAUUGUUACUCGUGCGAUGAAUACAUAAUUAACGAUAGCGAAGACAAUAAAAUUCAGAAGAUCCGCGAUCAAUUGCAAUCUAAUCUCGAAAGAUUGAACAAAAUUGACGCCAAGCGCUAUGCAAAGAAUAUUUCUAGCUUAAAAAUUGUACCUAGCGUUUUAUUUAUAAUUGUAUCGACGUCGGCAUAUCAAAUUUUGGGAUUAAAAAAUCUUGGUAAUACGUGCUACUUAAAUGCAAUCUUACAAUCACUUAGCAAUAUAGAUCCCUUCUGUCGCUACUUUAAGACGUUCAGAUCCUUAACAGAUUCGGAUCCCCGUAAAGAGAAGCAUGCUCAUAAUACUAGAGCUCAGGGUGAUAAUGUAUGCAUCGUAGAUGAAUUACGAAAAGUUCUUGAUGGCUUAGGAGAGAUUAGUAGUUCAUCAUAUUACUCUCCAAAUUCCUUCUUAACUGCAAUUUGUAAACUUAUACCGAGAUUUAGGGGUUAUCAUCAGCAAGAUGCUCACGAAUUUAUGCGGUACUUACUGGAUCGCCUUCAUACGGAAUUAGGCAGGAUGCGUGCUCCUUAUUAUGGAAAUAAGCAAGUCUCAAACACAAUAGUAACCACGUUAUUUAGGGGAUCAUUGCUGAAUGAGGUCAACUGUCUUGUCUGUGAUAUUAACUCUCGAAAGACUGAUUCAUUUCUGGAUCUUUCUCUUGACAUUCCAUCGGAAUUUAUCAGUAGACGAAAUAAAUCUAUAGGCGAUAACGAUAUAUCUAUAUGCAAAUUAACCGAUUGCUUAUCUAGCUUUACCGAAUUAGAAAAACUAGAAGAUAGCGAAUUGUAUUAUUGUAGUAGUUGCACAAAGAAGCAGCUAUCAACGAAGCAACUAAGAAUAAAAACCUUACCGAGAGUACUCUGCUUGCAUUUGAAGAGAUUUAGGUGGUCGUCGUGCAUUAGAAAAAAGUUGGAUAUAUAUGUUGAAUUUCCUAUGAUUGGAUUAGAUAUGAAGCCUUAUUUAACACUAAAGCAAACUAGUAACGGUCGCUCGAUGUAUGAUUUGAUUGCGGUGGUCGAACAUCAUGGAUCAGGAUAUGGCAGUGGACACUAUACUGCCUAUGCUUACAAAGAUGGAUGGUAUCACUUUAACGAUAGUACUGUAAGCGUAGCUAUGGAAGAGCAUGUUAUCAAGUGCAAGGCUUAUAUCCUAUUCUACGUCCAACGUGAAUAA